AUGGAUAGAGCGGCGCAGCGCGCGGCGGCGAUGGGGGAGAAGAAGGAGGGCGGCGGCGGGGGGGACGCGGCGGCCAGCCGGGCGCUGCAGCAGUGCGGGCAGCUCCAGAAGCUCAUCGACAUCUCCAUCGGCAGCCUGCGCGGGCUGCGCACCAAGUGCGCGGUGUCCAACGACCUCACCCAGCAGGAGAUCCGGACCCUGGAGGCCAAGCUGGUCCGGUAUAUCUGCAAGCAACGGCAGUGCAAGCUGAGCGUGGCCCCUGCUGAGAGGACCCCGGAGCUCAACAGCUACCCUCGCUUCAGUGACUGGCUGUACACCUUCAAUGUGAGGCCAGAGGUGGUGCAGGAGAUCCUCCGAGAGCUCACCCUGGAUGCCCUGCUGGACAUGAACGAGGCCAAGGUGAAGGAGACGCUGCGGCGCUGUGGGGCCAGCGCGGAGGAGUGCGGCCGCCUGCAGUACGCGCUCACCUGCCUGCGGAAGGUGACAGGUCUGGGAAGGGAGCACAAAGAGGACUCGGGCUGGAGUCCUUUGGAUGCGCGACGGGAAAGUGGCUCAGGGUCUUCCAUGGACACCCUCUCACCGGCCAGCCUGCACUGGCCCCCGGGGAGCUCCCAGCUGGGCAGGAUGGGCAGCAGUGCCCAGGGCCCACGCUCCGUCUCCGUGUCAGCUCUGCCCACCUCAGACUUCCCAGCCUCUGGCCCCAGCGAGGGCCUCACGGACACCUGUAUCCCCCUGCACACCAGCGGCCGGCUGACGCCCCGGGCCCUGCACAGCUUCAUCACGCCCCCAACCACGCCGCAGCUCCGACGGAAGCCGCCGAGGACGCCGCCCCCACCCAGCCGCAAGGUCUUUCAGCUGCUGCCCAGCUUCCCCACGCUCACCCGGAGCAAGUCCCACGAGUCCCAGCUGGGGAACCGCAUCGACGAGGUCUCCCCUAUGAGGUUUGAUCUCCCGCACGGGUCCCCACAGACGGUACGGAGGGACAUCGGGCUCUCGGUGACACACAGGUUCUCCACCAAGUCCUGGCUGUCGCAGGUCUGCCAUGUCUGCCAGAAGAGCAUGAUGUUUGGAGUGAAGUGCAAGCAUUGCAGGUUGAAGUGUCACAACAAGUGCACAAAAGAAGCCCCCGCCUGCAGAAUAUCCUUCCUUCCGAUGGCUAGGAUUCGGAGGACAGAAUCUGUCCCUUCGGACAUCAACAACCCCGUGGACAGAGCAGCCGAACCUCAUUUUGGAACCCUUCCCAAAGCACUGACAAAGAAGGAGCACCCUCCGGCCAUGAACCACCUGGACUCCAGCAGCAACCCGUCCUCCACCACGUCCUCCACACCCUCCUCGCCGGCUCCCUUCCCAACAUCGUCCAACCCACCCAGUGCCACCACGCCCCCCAACCCCUCACCUGGCCAGCGGGACAGCAGGUUCAACUUCCCAGCUGCCUACUUCAUUCAUCACAGACAACAGUUUAUCUUUCCAGACAUUUCAACAUGUCCACCGGCAGCCCCGUGCCCCGACGCAGCAGACAGUACCCGACUCGAGGAGCAGCCGAAAGCAGACGCGUUGGAGGAUCAUGAAGUGGAGGCUGAGGAGCCGGAGGCUGGCAAGUCAGAGGCAGAAGACGAUGAGGACGAGGUGGACGACCUGCCGAGCUCCCGCCGUACCUGGCGGGGCCCCAUCUCUCGGAAGGCCAGCCAGACCAGUGUGUACCUGCAGGAGUGGGACAUCCCCUUUGAGCAGGUGGAGCUGGGCGAGCCCAUUGAGCAGGGCCGCUGGGGCUGGGUGCACCGUGGCCGCUGGCACGGCGAGGUGGCCAUCCGCCUGCUGGAGAUGGACGGCAACAACCAGGACCACCUGAAGCUGUUCAAGAAAGAGGUGAUGAACUACCGGCAGACCCGGCACGAGAACGUGGUGCUCUUCAUGGGGGCCUGCAUGAACCCCCCCCACCUGGCCAUCAUCACCAGCUUCUGCAAGGGGCGGACGUUACACUCUUUUGUGAGGGACCCCAAGAUCUCUCUGGACAUCAACAAGACCAGGCAGAUCGCUCAGGAAAUCAUCAAGGGCAUGGGGUAUCUGCACGCCAAGGGCAUCGUGCACAAGGAUCUCAAGUCCAAGAACGUCUUUUAUGACAACGGCAAAGUGGUCAUCACGGACUUCGGGCUGUUCGGGAUGUCGGGCGUGGUCCGACAGGGACGGCGUGAGCACCAGCUGAAGCUGUCCCACGACUGGCUGUGCUACUUGGCUCCUGAGAUCGUCCGAGAGAUGACCCCCGGGAGAAAAGAGGACCAGCUGCCGUUCUCCAAAGCUGCUGACGUCUACGCAUUCGGGACCAUUUGGUAUGAGCUGCAAGCAAGAGACUGGCCCUUUAAGAACCAAGCUGCAGAGGCCUUGAUCUGGCAGAUUGGAAGUGGAGAGGGAAUGAAGCGCGUCCUGGCCUCCAUCAGCCUGGGGAAGGAAGUCACUGAGAUCCUGUCCGCCUGCUGGGCUUUUGACCUGCAGCAGAGGCCCAGCUUCACCCUGCUGAUGGACAUGCUGGAGAAGCUGCCCAAGCUGAACCGGCGGCUCUCCCACCCCGGGCACUUCUGGAAGUCUGCUGACAGUAACAGCAGCAAAGUUGUACCCCGGUUUGAAAGGUUUGGCUUGGGCGUCCUGGAGUCCAGUAAUCCAAAGAUGUAGCCAGCUGUACAGUUUUCCCGCCGAUUUCUUUCUUUCUUAAAUGUGUUUCUAAAACGUCCAAACCACCACCACAACAAAAAGCAGCGCUCUUUGAACGUCAGCCGCGCCCCCAGGCACCGCCAGUCCGGAGCCGAGUCCUCGAUCCAGACUGUUCACAAAAUACCCGUGGUCUCAACCGCACGGGUCGUAAAAUGGCAUCACCCACAACUAAACCUGACCGGACAGGCGGCACAUGUUUACGUGUAUGUUUCUGCAGCGUGAACUCGAUGUUUGACAAUAGGUAAUAAUAAAAAAGGGCUGUGCGCAGGUGCGCCGGCCCUGUCGCCGGGACAGCGGGAGUGGCCGUCUGCUCUGCAGAGCCCUGUACACAGUGAGCCCACACUGGGCCAGAAGGAAGAAAAGCCUCGUGAUGGUGGAUGUUCUCGGGCAGGAUGGGGGCACCACAGACUUGGCCUGGCCUCUGCUUUGGCCCCAAACCCCAUCAGUAGGAAUCUCUCUCUGCACGGUCUCCCCUUGUCCUAACAGAAGGACACGGUUCCUUCCUCCUCUGGCAGAGGAAACCCUGGCUAGGGACGGAGCUGGACUAGGAGGGUCGCCAGUUCCCAGAGAGCUGGGGUUCACCUCUGAGCCCUGCAGUUCAGCCCGUACCAGCUGGAAACGUAGGGACAGAUCCAAUCCGAACAACAUCUGCACUGAUCCGGCAGUUCCUGACCAGGGUUGCCACCAUCUGUACAGAUGUUUUCUUCAUGAAGCCCCCAGGAGAUGGCACCCGGGCCUCGCCUGUUAGACACAUCCCAGGCCCCAGCCAACACUGGGCCCCAGGGCUAAGGCUGUGCGCCUUGCAGGCUCCAUGAGAACAUGUAGGUGUGGGGGCGGGAGAGGCAGCAGUGGAUCCCUGAACCCACCCUCCCAGCCACAGGGGGAGCUGCCUGGCCCCUCAGAAGCCUUCGUCGUCAUCACGAGGUUCUGGAAGUGCCCGUCUCUCCCCCUGCCCCAGGCCUGCUGAGACCGCUCAGUGCACUCCUGUCUGUGUGCACAGCUAAGGGGGGCAUGUGUUCCCCUUCGUUUAGAGCACCCAGCAGGCUGCCUAGUCUUCAGAGCCUUCCUGAGGCUUGUCGGGCCUCCACCCGAACCAGAAGGAAGGGCUAGAUGUGGGGAAGCCACGGCGAGAGCACCCCGAGAGCACCCCGCCUGUCUCCGUUAGGGGCUGUUGCCCGAAGAGAAAAGUCCCAAGCGGCAAAGAAGCACUUCAGUGGACAUUCUGUCAUAUUAGGCUCCCAAAUCAGAAGUGUCCGAGGGGGGCGGGAGUGGCCACGUGGUUGGAUUCCAACCAGAACCUGUGUCCAUGUUCUGAGCCAGGAUGGGGGCGUGUGGUCCUUCACCCCUUUCAUUUGGAUGCACCCAGCAGAGCUCCCGAUCGGCAGAGCCCUGCCCAGAGUGGCCAGCACGCCCUUCGGCCCGCGGCUGUGGCUGUGUCCCCCAGGCCAGGCCAGCACCUCUGGCGGAGCCCAGCUGUGUGGCAGAACAAGGUACCCGGGCUCCCACUGCCCUCAGCACCCGAUGUGAGUGCCUCCCCCUCCCAGACAGGGUGUGGGGGGAAGUCGGGGGCUGGAAACCGGUGGGUUCAGCUCCACGAGGGUCUGUUCUCUGUGGGACUGUCCGUUUCUCCUCCUCAUGCCUUUGGCCUCCCCCGUCCGUCCUCUACGUGGUCACCCCCCCAACCUCACGUAGCCUGUGACUGCUGCCCCUCACCCUUCCCCUGAGCCCGUGGCCGUGCUGGUGAGCGGGGGGAGCUCAGCGCCGCCCCAGCCCUGACUGGGCCACAGAAAGUCCAGCUGAGUUUUGUUUUCUCUCCCGAGUGUCACACUCGUGACUCAGUGCAAGAAGCUUUCACUGAAAACCUACCACAUCUCGUGCCCAUGCUGGGGGCCCGGUGCCAGGAGCAGUCACAGUCUCCGCCCUGUUGGAACUGAUGACCUGCCAGGAACCCCGAGUGUAGCUGAGGCCUGGGGGACACCCCCUUCCUCUCCAAGGCCCCGGGCAGCCUCCCCGCUCCCACCCUGAGCCUCUGCCCACCCUGUCUAUUUAAGUGACUGUGAACGAGGUUAGGAAGACGUGUGUGCCCUCCGUGUGCCCUGCACACAGGAAGGACGUGGAUACUGUGAAUUCAGCCUCAUGGCCAACUGAAGGGGUGGAGAAGCUGGGAGGACCUCCUUGGUGAGAGCUCGGGGGGCUGUGGAGGUCCCCACGGGGGCUGGGGUGGAGCCCAAGCUUUGGCCCUUCAGGGCCCCUCAGUUCCCAGCCUCACCUCCAAAGCCCCAGGGCCUGUGUCCCUGCCGCCCUUAGCCCCCAGAGUCACAGCCAUUGGGUCUCCAUCCAACCUGAGGUCUUGAAUCCUAGCAAGUUCCCUGUUAGUCAUGAGCAGCGUGUAGCAAAGUUGACCUCUCCAAGUCACCAAAGCAAAGGUGUGCGCAGGGCCCUGGGAUCUCUGCCCUCCUGGCAGCCCUGUGGCCGCGGAGGGGGGCGGCGCGCCCUGUGAGCCUGCGUUCUGGACUGACUCGGGCCAGGUGGAGGCAUAAAUGUGAAGCCGAGCAGGGAGCGCGUGCCGUUCCGCAGCGUUAGCCAGGAUGCCCGCGUGUGCGGACGCUGCGUCUCCUGUGGCCACGAGGCACGCCCUUGCUGUGUUGAAUGUGAUGUAAAAUUUGUACAGUAAAAGUUUUUAUAUUUUCUAUCAAUUGCAUUCGUCUUCCAGAAAUGCUAUUAAUUUAAAUUAAAAUGGUUAGUGUUAACGAACGUUGCUGUAUCACUUGUUGCCGCUGGCAAGAACACUCUGCCAGGGCAAGCCUGGGUAUCUGGAGUUUGAAUAAAACUGUGCCAAGGUGUCCGGGGCUGUGUCUGUGUGGUCAGUCGGAUGAGUGUGGGACUGGUCAGCGGGUGGCAGGGAGAACAGGAAUGGGGGUCGGGUGUUCGGACCCCCUCUGGGAGCGCCUUCCAGAGAAAGAGAGGCAACGCCUG